UUGUGUUGAAAAGAGUCGGCACAGAACCCAUUGUGGUGUGUUGAAGAGGAGUGAGCGGCUGUCUGAGAGAAGGAGAAAAGAAGAAAUUGUGUGAGCACAAAGAGGACUAUUAAAAGGGGGACAAAAAUGAACGUUUAUACACGACACGUCUGCUGCUGCCCCCUGUGAAGAGGGACCUUUACGUCCAAUCGGAAAAAAAGAUCCGGAAAUUGAAGAGUUAAGAGCCCCCACAAAGCCAAGUGUUUAUUUCAGCAGCUAGCAGGCUAGCUCUUCAGCUAGAUGUGUGUAACUGAGCUGAAAACUGGAAGUCCGUGUGGAGUCGUCGAGCUCUGGAGAAGCGGCUUUUCCGUGAAGAGAUAAGCGUUGGCUAAGAUUUUUUUUUUUUUUUUUUUUUUUAAAGCACCGUACGCUCGACUCGAAAGUAGGCGCAACUUUAAAGAAUGAUACCAGCUGAGUGAGCUCUGACCAUUUCACUAUUACUUCACAGCCAGAAGAGUGGAGAAGUCUGUCAGAACUGCUGGCUCCCAGACUCCAGGAAGAGAAAACAUGAUGCACUCACCACUGCCAGAGAGCGGCAGUGGGCAGAUGUGCCAACCGUGCCCCCGCCUGCAGCUUUAGAAAUUUCCACUCCACUAUGACAGAUAAUCAUUAAGGUUUAUUCCCUGACAUUUGACUCGAUACCCUUCCUGCUUCCCCAUCCCUUGGUACCCAACCAUCCCCACCCGUUCCCAACAUGCUGCGGUUCCUGCCUCUCAAACUGGGCCGACUGUACCGCUGUCUGAAGCUGCUGUUAGUGCUGGGUUUGUCUGUCAUCUUGUUGAUGAACACUCACAACCUGUUCGCCUCCUUUCAGAAGAAUGAGCUGACUGACAGACGAUUCAUUAACCUCAACAAGUGUCCCGCCUGCUUCGGCACCAGCUGGUGCCGCAAGUUCAUGAACGGUCAGGUUUCCUUUGAGACCUGGGGUCGCCUGAGGUUUCUAGACGUCUUCAAUGUCAAAAAUGUUUACUUUGCGCAGUACGGAGAGCCCAGGGAGGGAACGCGACGUGUGGUGCUCAAGCGGCUUGGCUCCAACCAGGAGCUGGCCGAAAUAGACCAGAAAAUCUGCAAGAGGGCAACAGGCAGACCUCGCUGUGACCUCAUCCAGGCCAUGUACAAGACUGAGUUUGCCCGGAUCAACGGGGAUGUUCGCUUGCUCACCCCAGGCGUGGUGGAGGGCUGGUCGGAUCUGGUGCAUUGUCCCUCACAGAGGUUGUUGGACCGUGUGGUCCGAAGAUAUGCUGAAACUAAAGACUCGGGCAGCUUCCUGCUAAAGAACUUGAAAGACACGGAGAGAAUGCAGCUGUUGAUGACUUUGGCAUUCAACCCAGAACCACUUGUACUGCAGAGCUUUCCAUCGGAUGAAGGGUGGCCGUUCGCCAAGUACCUGGGAGCGUGUGGGCGCAUGGUAGCUGUCAACUACGUGGGCGAGGAGCUGUGGAGCUUCUACAAUGCGCCGUGGGAGAAGAGGGUUGACCUGGCGCGGCAGCUGAUGGACAUUGCCGAGCAGCUCACCAACAAUGACUUUGACUUUGCCCUGUACCUGCUGGAUGUCAGUUUUGAUAACUUUGCAGUCGGCCCUCGGGACGGAAAAGUCAUCAUAGUCGAUGCUGAAAACGUCCUGGUAGCAGACAAAAGACAGAUAAAGCAAGACAAGCCGGAGAACUACGACGUGUGGUAUGAGAGCCGCUUCGAGGAGUGCGACAGGGAGGCCUGCCUUUCUUUCUCCAAGGAGGCCCUCUGUUCCCGGGUCACUGUGGACCACAACUAUUAUGCCGUGUGCCAGAACUUACUGUCGCAGUACGCCACGUGGCGGGGAACCACCGGCGGCCUCCUUCACGACCCGCCCGCUCACAUAGCCAAAGAUGGACAACUUGAGGCUUUGUUGGACGAGUGCACCAAACCUAAAAAGCGCUACGGCCGCUUUCAGGCGGCCAAGGAACUGCGUGAAUACCUCACACGGUUAUCUGCCGCGUCCUCCUCUGCCAUGGCAAGGUAAUGCAUGGGGUCGGCAUUAGCCCGACGCUUUGAGACAUGAUUUUGUACUCUUUAUCGCUGGACUCGAGCUAUCGGUUCUUGUUCAUGAUGUCAUUUGCUCCCUUUGCUCAUUGGAGCAAGAAAAAGGUGUUCAAAUCAACUUUGUUAAAGCCCUAGCUUUUACCUUGACUUUUCUGCUUUGUUUAAGAGGAUUGUGGCACUGCAAAAAAAAACAAAAAAAAAAACUACCUGAGCCAAGAGAGCGAGGUUACGGGGUUAACCUGUCGGCUCUCAGGGUGGGCUACCACCUCUGGAGCAGAAAUAAGGAAGGGCUCCGGUAAGCGCAUCCGUCAUUGGAGCCAGGCUAACGCAAACCAACAGUAACCAAGCAACAGCAGCAGUAACAUCACACAGCCCAGAUGAUGAUUAUUUUCCUUUUUAUGCCUCAGUUUCUUCUUUUUUUUCAUACCAUUAAAAACCUUAACAUCUGUUUUAGUCAUACUUCUCAGUUUUAUUUCAUUUCUAGAAGGGGUGAUUCUGUUUUGCAGAGCUGAAUUGUAGUAAUUUGAGCCAUGGUUAUUUUUUGCUGUGUUGUGGCUCUUUAUUUUCUGUAGCAAUGCUGCCUGGAAGGUGGAAGUAGCAUGAAUCACCUGCUGCAGGAUGGCAGGAAAGGCCAAGGGAGAAGAGGUAAAAAAAAAAAAAGAAAAGAAAAAAGAAGAAAAAAAAGUGGGUUAGAAAGUUUUGGAUUUCAGAGGACAUAUAAUACAAAAAAACUUGACAGCUACUCUUUAUGUACAGGUACAUCUCAGUGAUCAUCAGAAAUAAUCAAAAAGUUGAUUUAUUUCAGUAAUACAGUUUAAAAAGGUAAAUGUGUAUAUGUAUUCAUAACACACAGGGUAAAAUCUUUCAAGUGUCCAUUUCUUUUAAAUUUAAUUAUUAUGGCUUGUAGCUGAUUAAAAUUCAAAAUAUAUUUUUUCUGAUUAUUAAAUUAGACUGAAAAUAUAUAAUCAUGUAUGACUCACUUGCGUCACACAUCUCAAUAAAGCUCUUUACUGAAAAAGUGACUUAAGACGUAGUCUGUGACUAUAAAUGACUCUUGAAUAGUCUUUCCUUCACAGUUCCUUUGUUUCCCCUAAACCUUUUUUUUCCAUCCACUAAACUUUCCAUUCCAUUUAUGUGCUUGGUAACGGCACUCUAUAAAUAGCCAGUUUUUUUAGCAAUGCCUUUUUGAGGCUUACCCAACGCAAAGUGUUUGUUUAAAAACAAAACAAAAACAAAUGCUGCUUAUUGGUCUUACAUUAGGACUGCAAGCGUUUGGAAAAGCAUGCAGCAUUAGUAGCAUUUUGGUGAAUAUUGCAAUAACAGUCGGACUUACAAUAUACAAAAACAAUAUGACUUGCAAGUCUGAGACAUACUGUGAAGCCCUAUUUCAGGUAGCAUUGAAAUUU